AUUAAAAAAAAAAAAUCUAUUUUGGCAACAGUUAGGAACCUUUCAGCUGCCCAGAGAAAGUUUGCUCAUUCUCUGAGAGACUUUAAAUUUGAAUUCAUUGGUGACGCAGAGACAGAUGAUGAAAGAUAUAUAGAUGCAUCACUUCAUGAGUUUUCAAACUUUCUAAAAAAUCUGGAAGAACAAAGAGAAAUUUUGGCACUCAGUGUUACUGAAACUCUGAUCAAACCUUUGGAAAGGUUUAGGAAAGAGCAGCUAGGAGCUGUAAAGGAGGAAAAGAAGAAAUUUGAUAAAGAGACAGAGAAAAACUACAGUUUGUUAGAAAAGCAUUUGAAUUUAUCAGCUAAGAAGAAAGAGCUACAAUUACAAGAGGCAGAUAACCAAGUGGAGCAGAACAGGAAACACUUCUAUGAGCUGUCCCUCGAGUAUGUGUGCAAGUUGCAAGAGAUACAGGAGCGGAAGAAAUUUGAGUGUGUGGAACCCGUGCUAUCAUUUUUUCAGGGUUUGUUCACUUUCUAUCAUCAGGGAUAUGAACUUGCUAAAGACUUCAAUCAUUACAAAAUGGCCCUGCAGAUAAAUAUACAAAAUACACGAAAUCGUUUCGAAGGAACAAGGUCAGAAGUAGAGGAGCUCAUGAACAAGAGCAGAAGAAAUCCUCAGGAACACAAAAGAGCAAAUCACUUUACAAUGGAAGGCUAUCUCUAUGUACAGGAAAAAAGGCCUGCUCCCUUUGGUUCCAGCUGGGUGAAGCACUAUUGCACGUAUAGGAAAGAGACAAAAAAGUUUGCCAUGAUUCCAUUUGAACACAGAUCAGGAGGGAAAGUUGGUGACGAGGAACUCUUCGUCCUUACGUAUUGCACCAAGAGAAAUACAGAUACUAUUGACAGGCGAUUCUGUUUUGACUUAGAGGCUUCAGACAGGCCUGGAGUUCCUGUGACCAUGCAGGCAUUUUCAGAGGAAGACAGGAAGCUGUGGAUGGAAGCUUUGGAUGGAAAAGAAGCUCUGUUCAUCAACCUGAAUAAAGCAAAUGCAAAACGAGAGGGAAGUGCACAGUUGGAUAAGAUAGGGUUCACCGUCAUCAAAAAGUGCAUCAGUGCUGUUGAAACACGAGGUAUAAAUGACCAAGGAUUGUACAGAGUUGUGGGGGUGAGUUCAAAGGUCCAGAGACUUCUGAGUUUGUUGAUGGAUGCAAAAACGUGCAAUGAAGUUGACCUGGAAAACUCUGUAGAUUGGGAAGUGAAGACAAUUACAAGUGCUAUGAAACAAUAUCUGCGAAGCCUUCCAGAGCCACUGAUGACAUACGAGUUGCACGGAGAAUUCAUCAUUCCUGCCAAAAGUGGGAGUCCUGAAUCUCGAGUUAAUGCUGUUCACUUCUUGGUCCAUAAACUCCCAGAAAAGAACAAAGAGAUGCUGGAGAUUUUGGUGAAACAUUUAGCUAAUGUUUCAAAGCAUGCCAAGAGGAAUCUAAUGACUGUGGCAAAUCUAGGGGUAGUGUUUGGACCAACCUUAAUGAGGCCGCAGGAAGAAACUGUAGCAGCCAUCAUGGACCUGAAGUUCCAGAAUAUUGUUGUCGAAAUCCUGAUAGAAAAUCACGAAAAGGUAAGAUUUGAUAUAUCUCUGUGUUUCUGA